AUGACCGACGAUGCUGCCUCUCUUAUAAUGAGUUACAGAGAUGCUGUGGACAAUCUAGGAGACCAGGAACCGCUGACCAUGUUCGAAGCGCAAGCCGUUCUCGAGAGCAUACGGGUUGAAAAAGGGUAUCUCGACGAAGAGACUUUAGGAGAUGUACAAGCAAUGAGGAACAGGAGCCGUCAGACAAUCACGCGUUUUGUGGACAAAGCCAGGGAAAUGGAAGCUGCAUACACGAAAAGCAUCUCAGGAAAACUAUACUCGUCCAAGUACCACUUCGUGUACGAGUUGAUACAGAACGCUGAUGACUCCGACUUCUCCAUCGCCAAAUUGUGUAACAAUGCGCCGUACAUACAUUUUAGCGUAACACCAACAACUCUCACCGUUGAUACUAACGAAGAUGGAUUCACACGCGCCAAUGUUGAAGCCAUCUGUGCGACUGGUAAAAGUUCGAAGAAAAGUACGGCUUUAGACAAUCACAUCGGCGAGAAAGGCUUCGGCUUCAAGUCCGUUUUCUCUGUUGCGCAUGAAGUAUUCGUGCAGUCAGGCCUUUGGGCAUUCCGGUUCAAACACAAGCGGGAGGACGAUGGCCUGGGAAUGGUGACUCCUUUGGAUGCAUCUCCCGAGGCAUUACCACCCGGUGUCGUCACGAGGAUAAAACUCAUACUCUCGGAUUCUAGCGCUAGUGGUCACCAACGUAUGCUUGAUGCAAUCGACCAGAUACCAAAGACGACCAUUUUACACCUUCACAAUCUUCGCGUCAUCACGAUCACCACUGCCGAUAGCGAAUCUCCGACCACAACUUCGAUAAAAAAGGAGACUCUUGUGGCCAACGGCCGGGGCGGGAUCGUGAGUAUCCAGAAUUGGACGACGACCGAUGGCGAAAUGGAAAAAACUCACGAAGAUAUGUUUUAUACUUUCACUCGACACCUCACCUCAUUGCCACCUGAUAAUGAGCGAUUACACCGCACCAACGCCACAGUUGAACUGGCCUUUCCCAUUCACGCUGUGACGAAGAAGCCGGAGAUCUCUGCAUCAGGUCAGCACGUAUUUGCCUAUCUGCCGUUGCACCAAAUGCCUAUCCAGUUCCUGCCAACGGAACCCAUGCGUGUACCCUUCUGGGAUCAUUUAUAUCCCGCAAUCAAGUCAAGACUACAAAACUUGCCUAUUUUGGAAACUUGGCAGAGUGGUGUUCUCAAGAAACCCGCAGAACUACGCCGACUCCCGGAUUUCUUCUUUCAUGAAGGCGACCCUAUCUUCAGCGAUCUCUCCGACGAGAUAUACCCCGCAAAAGAGUAUAAACAAGCAUCUAUUGGAUUACUCGCAUCCCUUGGUGUGCCAUUAAUGCAAUGGUCUGAAGCAUUGUCGCGGGUUGAAGCAGAUAUUGUAAGCCCAGUCUCAAGACUGAAAACACGUACAGCAGACAAUGCAUGGCAACAAGCCUGCGCUCAGUUGCUCUUGCAAGGUCUUAAGAUCAAUUCAAUCCAGCAACGUGUCAAAAAGCUGGCUAUUAUACCAGUCAACAAGGGGAAAUCCUGGACUGGCGCGCCUGGAACGGGCCCCGGCAGGCUCAGCAAGAUCUAUCUGCCAACGACUGAGGGUAUCGAUAUACCCACGAGCAUCGGUUUACACCUGGUAGAUAUUACGACUGCUUUGUUGCCUCAUCGCGGAGAGCUUUUUCGCCAACUGGGAGUACAAGACUGUCCUAAAGAUGAGGUGCUCUCGAAUAUCGAAGCGCAGCAUAAAGCACAUGCUAAGAUCUUCUGCGUGGACGACCUUUUAAUGGAAUUUCGGUACCUGUUUCACUUCCAUACGCAUCCUGCACUGCUUAAAUCUUGGCUCCGUAUUGCUGUGGGGAGAACUAAGGCUGUAAAGGCUAUGAGUUCUAGGCCCAUCUACUUCCUGUCGGCAAAUGAGUAUGACACCCAGAGUCUACUGGCGGGUAGCUUCACAGAGGGAGGUCACCAAAACGAGGUAGCUAACUUCGUGUACGAAAAGUUACAGAAGUUAGAGAGACCCUAUGCAUACAGCCAAGUUCAUGGCCACUUCUGGAAUGACUGGCUUCAAUUAGUUACAGGUGCACUGUAUCAUCCUCCUCUCUUGCAGCCUGGCAAUACCUCGGAGCAUAAGAUUUCGAAGACAAUGCUUGCGGUACUGGAACACUGCCCUCAUAAGUUCGUCGGUUUCUUGAAAGCUCAUUGGAACGAGUACAAAACCGAGAUACAUCUUGUUGUUGAGCAACUCAAACUUUUGGAGGUUCCAUGCACUUCGGGUGAAUCUAUUGAACUCCGGGAAUGCUACUUGCCAACGACUGAGAUCAUGUCCGAAUUGCAAGCAUUUCAACCAUUGGGAGCUGGAUAUAACAUCCCUAUCGUACAACUUCCCGAGGAGUGGAAUCAGGAAACAAGACUUCAAUGGGAGUUUUUGUGUGAAUUUGGUGUCCGGUCCAAGGUUGACUUGGAUUUCUAUACAACCAUUCACAAUUACGUCGACUGGGAGGAGGGUUCGCAACACCCGAAAGAAGCGCUCAUAAAACUGUAUACAGGUGUGGCCGGCCUAGCCACCGCGAGCGACUUCGACAAUCUCAGAGAGGAGCUUGACUGUGUUUAUUAUUUCUCUGAGGAUGAGUUAUGCAUUCGCGACCUUGCAUGUUACGUCUGGGAGGGCCCCAGGUUCCUUACGGUGAAGGUUCCUCUUAGUCAACACUACGGCCAUGUCCCGCAUCUCGGGGCCUUCUUCAAGAUGGCCCUUGACAUAUCGGAUUAUACUUUGGAUGAUAUCAUCGAAGAGCUCGAGUCCAUGAGCACAAGUGGAGAUCCCGUGAUAAAACUACGCUUUGAAGAAAUCUACCAGUGGUUGGACGACAACGUGCGCAGUGACGCAGACUGGGACCGGGUCAGAAAUGCAUUCAUGGAGAAUUCCUAUGUCUGGGGUCCUGAUGAGGUGACGUAUGCUUUGGGUAAUUGCUUGUGGCUAAGUCCCUUUCCCCUUGCCGGAUACGUGGAGCUAUCGCAGGUCUACCCAGAACUUGAAGACUUUUUCGUCAAACGGCUUCACGUGGAGAGGGCCAAUCCGAGCAUGCUUGUUGAUGAAAUCAAGAAAAUGUCAACGAAGCGCUCACCGCAGGUCGAGAUUAUCCGGCAACGGUUGAUUGACGUUGGUAGGCUGAUAGUAAAGAGUGGAAUCGACGAUACCCUAUCGAAGUCUCUGGCAAGUCUUGCAAAAGUCAAAUUCCUGCCCAAGGCGGUAGACAACGGAAGCAAGACGCUGGUUGGGAAGGACGACGACUUCGCCAUCAAUGACCACCAACGCUUUGGUGACGCUUUCAAAAUCCAGAAUGUCUUGCUUGAAUUUUCGGUUGAAGAAGUGCAUAUACUCAGUACGAUGUUUGGAUACAUGGGACUGAGUGACAAGUAUCUUUCACAGAGGGUGAGCGAAGAGUCUGCUGUGGGCGAGGGUGCGAUUGAACACCAGUCUCUUAGCAGAGCGUUCAAGUCGAAAGCCUACGCUUUGUAUUGCUGCGCGGCACGGUAUAAGAGUACGAAGGCCUUGCGCGGAGACGUGGUGCUUUUCAACCAUCUUUCCAAUGCACGAAUCUACAUCACGGACUGUAUUAGUACGGACCUGGUGCUCGAGCUCAAGAAUGGACCCAUCAAAGUUCGUAGUGACCGUCUGGCGGUACACCAUGAAUUUUGCAGUGGUCAGCUCAACUUCUAUGUUCCCAAGGACGAGCGACAACGGAAAUCCUGCUACCGUUCUCAGCUUCCAAAACUUCUUGCAAGCAUUAUGGGCGUUGAUCUAAAUGCGACGCAGGCCAUCCUCCAGAUUUUGAGUUGUAAUCUGCUGGAGCUGGACGAUAUCUUGUCUGAGCAAGACAUCACCACCGUAGAUUGGAUUCCAAAGCCGACGUUCCGCGCUCCAGCUUCCCCUGUUUUUGGACCAAGCAGUCCUAAUGAGCCACUUACAAGUCCAGUCAGUCACAAUUUGGAAGCUUUCGAGCGGGCAACGCCAACACCCUCAUCAAGCACAACUGCCGUGUCACGUGCGUCUACUGCGGGCUUAGGCGAUCUCUAUGAGCAAAUCCCUAGGACUCCAGACACAAGCACAUCGCGUCCUCCGCUUUACGAGACAUUCGUUGAAGAGGUCGUGCAAAGUGCGUUUCGGGCGAGGAACCGGGAGAGGCGCCCUUCGCCUCAUCCAGGAGCACACCGCGACGCUUCAGACAAUGAUCUACCUGCACGCGAAUACGAUCAUGAAGAGACAUUUGGCAGCCGGCACACAGACGAGAGAGCACACGAUAGUCGGAUCGGCGCUUCGGGGGAAGCUUACGUAUUCGAAAUACUCCGCAGUCUGGACCUUCCUGGAUUCAGUGAAGGAAAUUGGCGCAGCAACAUGCGACGCGAGCUGCUUGCGCAGCCUCGAUACGUCAAUCUAGGUUCUUGGAACGGAAGGGAGACGGCAGAUUUCGUCUACACAGAUCGUGACGGCAGCUUAACGCAAUAUCUGAGAGAACAUUGCGUUGGCAGUAUGCCGAACGGCAUCGCCCGGGAUCAUGACUUUUCGCAGCACCCGAUUGAGUACUUCCUAGAGGUCAAGUCUACAACUAGUGGUUGCAAUACUAGGUUCUAUAUGAGUUCAAGCCAAUUUGAGCGGGAAGGAGCGGUAGAAGAGGACCCUUCGGACUUUUCGGACUUCUCGGUCCCGUCAUGGAUGCACAACGCCGAGUAA